UUGGGUGCUGAAGGUACUGGUGCUGGUGCUGCUGGUGGGGCAUUACAUUCUUCGUAUUGCUCGCACUGCAUAUAUCUGCGUGUGAUAUUAACCGUCUCCGUGCGUGCGCAGGCUUGCAAGGACCACCAGCUCGACCCGGACUUCUGUGUCGUAGCUCGCGUCGAAGCCUUCAUAGCCGGCUGGGGUCUCGACGAGGCACUAAGGCGCGCCGAGGCGUACGUCAAUGCAGGAGCCGAUGCAAUUCUCAUGCAUAGCAAGAGGAACGAUCCAUCGGAGAUUGAGGCUUUCAUGAAGGUCUGGAAAAACCAGGGACCGGUUAUUGUCGUGCCGACUAAAUACUUCGACGUACCUACACGACACCUACAGGACAUGGGCGUGUCCGUCGUCAUAUGGGCCAAUCACAACCUUCGGGCAUCGGUUACCGCCAUGAAGGAAGUGUGUGAUAAAAUCCACGCCGAGCAGUCAAUAGCUUCCGUCGAGCAAAAGGUGGUGCAGGUGAAAGAGAUCUUCCGUCUUCAGAACGACGAAGAACUUCAAGCGGCCGAGAAGAAAUAUUUGCCAGAAUACUAGCGCCACCUAGUUGUGAUAUUUGCACAAUAUUUUAUUCUAUAUGCAGAGUGCUCUAAAUCUGUGGUAAAAAAACUGAAGGAAUUUACAUUUUUCUCGAAGAGCGCAUUAAUUUCUCUUUAAAAAGUUUUUUUUUACAUUUUCAUGUUAUAUUAGUAUGCAUUUGAGGAGGAACUAUUUAUUUACUUCUUAUAUAUCUCCAUGAUCUCUAAUGGUUGUUUUUGCCUGGCUGCUACUGGUAGUGGUAGGUAUUCUUGCAGCAUUAUGUCCGUCAUAUUUGCAAGUAGUUACGAGAGGUUUAUCACGAAAACAGGAUUUUGGUUUAUCAUGAAAUGUUGCUGGAAUGUCUAUUUUCCCGUUGUAAAAUAAAAAAUAAGAAUUGA